UAUAUAACCCCGCAACAUUGUUUGGUGAAGGAAUUUAUCCGCGAAAGAGAUCGAGGAGAGACAAAUAAUUUUUCGUAAAUAACUUUUCUUUUUUAUCUCUGUUCGAAGAGUCACCAUAUAUGAUGAAUCAUUUUCAUUUUGUUUGGAACACGUCAUUCUAGGACCAUUGUUAUCACAUUGAUCUCACACAGCUGUAGUAUGGCAGCGACAACAACAACACAACCAAGCCUUCCUUAUCGAGCGUUCAAAGUCGCGCUCCAAUAAUAUUUCUCGCGUUAUAAUAACCGACGUGACAUAAAUAUUAAUAUCGCAUUGUUGCAUCGGCCACCUCUUAAAUGAGGCCGCGGAGUUCAGUGCCAGUAAUUAAUAGAUUUCGAUUCGCGCUACAUCGCGAUCGAAGGCUCCUUUGUGCGUGUUAACAUAAAUACUGCCAACGUAUGAUUUACCUUGAUAAGAAUAAUCGUGGUGGCAUGGUGGCAUGCACGUUAAACGCACGAAAAUGUUCAGAUAAGAUAUCACCGACAAUUCUGGCGCACAGCUUUUUUUCAGGGUAAAUACGCUUCAAUAACAUGGACAUGAUAGGGAGAAAUGUCGUCGAAUGGUCAUGCAUCGAUGUAAAGAUAUGGCUCGUGAAAAAUGGUUAUGAGGAAUACGCAGAUUUAUUUUACUUUCACGAAAUUGAUGGAAAAGUACUGUUGACACUAAAAGAGGAAGACUUGAAAUCAGAUAUUUUGAAUAUAAAGAAGAUGGGUGCUAUAAAAAAAUUAUAUCUCGCUAUAAAGCAAUUGCAGAGGGAUAAUGUCGCUGUCUUGUUUGACUUAGGAUGUAUGGAUCUGUCUCCAUCGCCAAAUUUUUAUAGUCACCAUAAUAAACAUGAGAUACUCAGUUCAAAUAAUGAAGCGUCCAUAGAACAUGAGUUUUAUUCAGCUUCUGUAUCGGAGGACGGACAUGCUUCUCAUUUACCACCUGAAAUUUGGAAAACAGUUAUUAGUUUGGGAUAUCUGUUUAUCGUCACAUGGAUUACUGCCUUUGUGAUGGUUAUUGUCCACGAUAGAGUGCCUGAUAUGAAAAAGUAUCCUCCAUUGCCAGAUAUAUUUUUAGACAAUGUACCUCAUAUCCCCUGGGCAUUUGAUAUGUGUGAAGUCACUGGAACACUGCUUUUUGCAAUAUGGCUCAUUGUGCUUAUAUUUCACAAGUAUAGAUUCAUUUUACUACGACGGUUUUUUGCACUGUCGGGCACAGUCUUCCUGCUGAGAUGCGUAACAAUGCUCAUUACUUCGUUAUCGGUGCCGGGUGCGCAUCUACAAUGUCAACCGCGCAAAGUUCCAGAUGAAGAUUGGUCAAGUGCUGCAUAUGUCGAGUUGUAUAAUAAAAUAGCAAUGGCUUACGUUAUUUGGCGAGGUGCUGGUAUGUCUAUUCAAGGUGUCAGAACUUGUGGAGAUUAUAUGUUUAGCGGACAUACAGUAGCAUUAACUAUGCUUAAUUUUUUCAUUACAGAAUAUACCCCGAGACACUUGUACUUUCUGCAUAUUUUCACAUGGAUGCUCAAUAUGUUUGGUAUUUUCUUUAUCUUGGCGGCGCAUGAGCAUUACUCCAUUGAUGUUUUCGUAGCGUUUUAUAUAACUUCCCGAUUAUUCCUUUAUUAUCACACUCUGGCGAAUAAUCAAGCAUUGAUGCAGCGCGACUCGAAUAGAACUAGAAUUUGGUUUCCGUUAUUUAGUUUUUUUGAGGCGUCCGUUGAUGGUAUUGUUCCUAAUGAAUACGAAUCACCGUCCUUGAUAGUUUGCAAUUUAGCGGGCACAGGAAAGAACAUUUGGCAAUGCAUGCGGUCUUGGAUUUAUCUCCGAAAAACGCAACGCAACGUAAAUGGCAAUUUAAGCACCACAAAGAAAGAACGCUAAUAUUGAAUCAAUUCUUUUCUUUUCUUUUUUUGUUUUUUCUAUGUGUAUUAUAGCUUUCAGAUAAAUAUGCAAUGUGGAAGACUCUUCACUGAUUUCUCUUGUUCGAUUGUGAUUAUACAUAUAAAAAGAAAACGUGAUAUGAAAAAUAGAUAUACAAAUUCAAGAAAAGUGAUUCUAUGCUAUAUACUUAUCUUUUAAUAAUAUUGACUAUUUAUUUGACAAAUCCAUUUACAUGCUAAAAUAAUAUUGAGCGAGAUGUAAUAUUUAUUCUAAAUAUUUAUUUUUGCGAUAUGAUUACAGUACUAUACCGAAAGAGAUUAAAAUAAUAUUUAUAAUAUAGUUAAUUAUAUAUAAUGUGGUUAAAAUUUCUUAUCAUAGAAGUUACGCAUAUAAUAAUUUAUCUAUUAAGAAGGGAGCCUCCAAAGACAGAUCAUAGUGUAUAAAAUAUUAAAUUAAGGUUCAAAAUAUUAUGCUAAGGUUCAACAUGCGUUUUCAAAGCAUGUUGUAUCAUCUAUAAGACUUUCUUAUUUUUUUAUAAUUGUAUAUAUACCAUUGUUCAUAUUACUCAUAUGUGAGUACUUUUGUUUCCUUUUUUUAUAAUACAAAAAGAAAGUUGUCAAGGAAUGAUUGCACAUUGUGAUAAACUUACAAAGACCCCACAUUUUAUCAGGAAUGUUUAAUGAAUUUUAACAGCGAGACCAAAUUAAUAAUAAUAUUUUAGAACUACAUUAGACGUAUCUUUAAAAAAUUUUUUUUUUCUAUUGUACAACAUUUAGAUGAGAAAAUAUAUGUUGCAAUAUUAUGCAUUCCUGAUACCUGAUAGAAUUGAUAAUUUAAGACACAUUAGAAGAUAGAUAUGAUAGUAUUACUAAGCAGAGGCUGAAAAUAUAGUAAUAUUGAAUCUUCUAAUGUAAAAAUAUAUCUGUACAAUACUAGUUAUACAAAUAGUUUCUAUGUAAUUGUAUAUAGAAACUACAAAAUAUAAUAGCUUUUUAAUAUUUCAUCCAAAUCUAUUUUUUACUUAUGUGAUAAAUAGCUUAUUCUGUUAGCAUUAACAAGUACUGAUUAUGUAUUGACGAUACCUGACUGUUGUUGUUUAUAUAUUUCCACAAAAAUAUGCAGCAGUAAUUCUUUUGCUAAUUGAUCAAAAUACUGAUCUGGUUUGGAAUUAAAUAGUUGGAUUGAUUUGCGAAUGAUAUUGCAAAAUAUAGCAUGUAUAUGUACAAAUAAAAGAAACAUUAAUAUUUCAAUAGAAUA